AUGGGGGGGCCAGGGGGGGCGCUGAGGCCACUGGGGCCCCGCGUGCAGCUGCCAAACCCUCUUGUGUUUCUAGACAUUGCUGUUGGCAAUCGAAACGCGGGAAGACUCAUCUUUCAGCUGUUUGCAGACCAGCUGCCUAUCACAGCGGAGAACUUCCGCUGUCUCUGCACGGGAGAGACAGGCCUCGGCUACUACAUGCGUCCCAGAUGGUACAAAGGGUCUCCUUUCCACCGCAUCAUUCCCGGCUUUAUGGCUCAGGGAGGCGAUUUUCACAGGGGCGACGGCUACGGCGGCGAAAGUAUCUACGGGCAGUUUAUGAGAGACGAAAAGUAUCUCUACAAGCAUUCCAAACGAGGGCUGCUGAGCAUGGCGAAGGGGCGGGACCGGCACAGCAGCAGCAGCCAGUUCUUCAUCACCUUCAAAGCCUGCCCCUGGCUGGACGGGCAGCACGUGGUCUUCGGGCAGCUGGAAGCAGGCCAAGACACUUUGCUGCAGAUCGAAGCAGCAGGUUCUCCCGCAGGCAAGCCCCGCAAGGCCGUUUCCAUCUUCAACUGCGGGGAGCUUCAGGCUGAUGCACUGCGGCCGUCGGACAGGCAAGGAUCCGAUGAAGUUCCUUUGGAGACCGCAGGUCUCAUCAUUGACGUAGGUUUCUUGCUGCUGCUGCUGCUGCUGCUGCUGCGGAAGCUAUGGUAUCGCUACGGCGACUGCAGCACCAUGUGCUGCUGCAGCAGUUUCACUGCUGCAGCUGCAGCCGCAGCAGGUGCUUCUGUAGCAGUUUGGCUGCUGCCACUGGACCAACAUCAGAUGCAGCUGCAGCAGUUUGGCUGCUGCAGCAGCCACACCAGAUGCAGCUGCAGCAGUUCCGCUGAUGCAGCAGCAGCAGGUGCUGCUGCAGCAGUUCCGCUGAUGCAGCAGCAGCAGGUGCUGCUGCAGCAGUUCCGCUGA